UAAAAAUAUUUUUCGCUCAUCUAUUCUCAACAACUGGUCUAUGUUUUUUUGUCAUCUGCUAUACAUGUAUCGGUGCAUCAAUGUUUGUACAUAUUGAAUCACAAAAUGAACAUAAAAUUCGUAAUAAAAUGGAUUUUGAACGGAAAAAAUGUAUUUUUGAUCUUUGGAAUUAUACAAUCACCAAUAAUAUUGUAUAUCCAGAUCGUUGGAAACGAAUGGCAUUCGAACGUAUCAUGAGAUUAGAAGAGACAAUCAUAAAAGCCGUACAAAAAGAUGGAUAUUCAAUAAUUGAUGUUGAACAAUGGUCAUUUUCUAGUGCACUUCUUUACAGUGUCACUGUAAUCACUACGAUUGGCUAUGGAAAUUUAACUUGUAAAACCGAUCUUGGACGUAUAGUUACCAUAUUCUAUGCCAUCAUUGGCAUACCGAUUACAUUUUUAUGUUUAGCCAAUCUAGGCAAUCUGAUGGCCAAUGCAUUUCGAUUUAUUUACAAACAUUUUUGCUGUUCUGAUUGUCGCCAUGGUUCAAUAAAAAGUCAUUCACAAAUCCAAAGAAAACAACAAUUACCACAACAAAUGAAAACAACAAUGUUUAUCAAUGGCCAUCAAAAAAAUGAAAUAAUAACAACUACCACCACUAUAAAUAAUCAUGAUGAUGAUGAUGAUAAAAUACAAUCAAUAUAUCCGAAGAAAAAAGAACAUCGUGUUCCAAUUUGUUUAGUAAUUAUGGUUGUCAUUGGUUAUAUUAUCAUAGGAACAAUUAUGUUUUAUCUAUGGGAAGAUUGGUCACCAAUUGAAGGUGCAUAUUUUUGUUUCACAACAUUAACUACAAUCGGUUUUGGUGAUCUUGUACCUGGAUCGGCACGUUAUUCACCAAUAAAUGGUGGUGCAACUAGAUUCAUAAUCUGUUGUAUGUACAUGAUGAUUGGUCUUUCAUUAUUGGCAAUGUCAUUCAAUCUGGUUCAAGAAGAAAUUCUAAUCAAAUGUCGAUGUAUAGCAAAAAAUUUGGGCAUAAUACCCGUUGAUGAUGAUUUGAAAAAAACAAAAUCUUCAUUUUGAUUGAAAUUUUAUUAAAUGAUUGAUU